AUGAAUGCCAAACAACUUACCAAGAUAGAGGAGUACAGUUCACAGGUGACACCUGAAUCGGAUGAGAUGUGGCAAGAUCUAAUCAUUAAGGAGUUUCCUAAUAGACCUGCGGAUCCUCAUCCUAAGGGAGAUGAUUAUAUGCCCUAUAAGUCAUUAUUUGAUCGAUACUUUGACGAAAGAAACGCUUUGAGGAACGAUUCUGCUGCUCGACUUCGAAGUAUCAACGAAAGAUUGAAGAAGGAGAAAUCUGCAAAGUCUAUAGUUGCAGUGAGUCAAAUGGUCCGUGAUCCGACUGUUAGAAGACGUGGUACCUUUUUACAAGGGGGAACCUCCACCAAUGGGUUUGCCCCAUUUUCAGGGAAUAAAAAUAGCAUACUUUACAAGGCCAAAAGAGAGUUACAACAUCGGCAGUUGAUGUUUCCUAAGAAAACUUCUCGAGGGAUGAUUCAUCCCAGAAGGGGCUACACUUCUUCUACGAAUAGUGUCGUACCAAAUGCUGAGUACCGGAUGCCAGUUUUACCUUAUCCUUCUGCUGCUCCUCGACAGAGUAAUAGUGAUUAUUAUGUGUCAAGAUAUUACAGACAGCCACCUACAACAGUGAAGCCACAUCAUAACACAAUUGCAUUAGAUAUACAAAAGAGUACACAUCAUAAAGAGCUGCCAACAGAAGAGAGUACUUCGCAAAUGCACUCGAUGGUGCCCAGAGAAUCCAGUGCUAAUGAUGAUAGUAAUAGUGGAUCUGAUACUACAAACGACGUUCUUCAGGAAGAACUGCGCGAUUCUACUUCACAAAUGCCACCAAUUGGUGAUAAUGUAAUUCUGCCCAAACGUAUUCUGGCACCAAGAAAGCGAAGACCUGAAGCAUCGAUUUUCUUACCCAAAAAGAGACAAGUCACUCCACCUUUUAUUCCAAAACAAACACACAAGAAGAACCCCAUACCUCUUCCAAAGCCUUCAACCGAGUCACAAAUUAAGAAGAUCAAGUCUUCUAUAUUCAAUUAA